AUGGAGUCGGAAAAAGGAAAAUAAUAUUUCACCUAACAAUUCUUUCACCGUUUGUUUGAUGCUACUGCCGGAGAAAUACACCGGAUGAUUAUUAACCGUUGAUCUGCACUCAAUCACACAAACACCCAUGUAUAUGCGUGCUUCACCUAAUAGUACUUUCACCCAUGUGAUUAUCACGUGCCAAUUGAAGGGCAAAAUUGUACUUUGAGUUAAACAUGACAUUAACCCACCAUUUUCUCCUUUCAACUUUCAUCAGGCAUGAAUAGUCAACCAUCGCUGGCCUCCAUUUCUCUACACCAUUUUUUUUUCUUUUUUUCAGACUCCAUUCAUUUUCUUUCUCUCGCAUUUUUUUACUGUCCUUGAGCAAAGAUGGAGUGAUUCUUGAUUCUUGAUUUUUGAUUUUUGAUUCUCAACCUGAAGAAUUGUUCUGAAAACCAAUUCGAUUUUCGGGAGAGAGAAAGAGAGAUGGCGGCUUACGCAGCUCUACUUUCUCUCAGGCAUAUCAUCGAACAGCUUCAGCAUCACCCUCGCCCUCCUAUUUGUCUUGACCAAAACCAGGUCCAAUCUCUCACCGACAACCUCAAUUUCUUGCAAGAGUUUCUUGAGCAGGGAUAUCCUUGUGUUGGCAGCGGCAAAGAAGCAAUUGGUGUUUUUGAAAGUCGAAUUGCAGAUGCAGCUCAUGCAGCCGAAGAUCUAAUCGAAACCCGGGUUGUUGAUCAAAUUCUUGCUGAAUCGACGGCUCAAGCGUCGAAAGAUAUAACCGAAACCUGGGUUGGUGAUCAAAUCCUUGGUGGAUCAAGAAAAACGAAGAAUAGUAGAAUGCAAGAUCGUCUGCGCAGGAUUUUGUCGACUUUUUGUGGUGCUGGUUCAUCAAGAUCUCCUUCAACGAGGCAGAAUGUCGUAGCUGGUUUAGAUCUCGAUAAGGUGAUCCAAGACAUGGGUUUAAUCAAGAAAGAUGUGAUGGAGAUUAAAGAGAAGAAUAUUGGAAUAAUCGAAGAUCAUCUGCACAUAAAUUCUUCAACUCUUGCUGGUGCUGCUUCAUCAAGGUCUCAUUUAACAACGAGGCGGGAUGCCGUGGUUGGUCUUGACGAGCUCUUGAUUGAAGUAAUGGAUAAGCUCACUGGACAACAAUCUAAUCUCCGCAUAAUCCCGAUUGUUGGCAUGGGCGGCAUCGGUAAGACUACUCUUGCUAAAAAUGCUUACCUUAAGUUUAUGAAGCACUUUGAUAUUCGAGCUUGGGUUACAGUAUCUCAAAACUACAAUGUGCGGGAGAUUCUUAUAGAAAUUCUUCUUUGUAUAAACAAAGCUGAGAGCCGAGAAACCUUGAGUGCGAAGAGCGAAGGUGAAUUAGGUGUAAGAGUACACCAAAGUUUAUGGGGAAGGAGAUAUUUGAUUGUAAUGGAUGAUAUUUGGAGUGUUGAGGUAUGGGAUAAAGUGCAAAUCUUCUUUCCGGACAAUGGUCAAGGAAGUAGAGUAAUGAUAACCACUAGGCUGUCGAACGUUGCUUCGAUUGGCUCUCAUGGCGUUGUGAUGGGUUUCUUAAAUGAGGAUAAGAGUUGGGAUCUACUGUGCAGAUCUGUAUUUAAAGAAGAAAAAGAUUGCUCUCCUGAAUUGGAGGAAAUAGGAAAGAAGAUUGCCAAAAAUUGCGAAGGACUUCCUUUGUCAAUAGUUGUGAUUGGAGGACACCUAGCGAAGUCUAAGCGCACAAGAGAACAUUGGGAAUAUAUUUCAGAAAACAUAAAAAAAAUUGUGAAUUCGGAAGACGAUGAACGUUGCUUAAAAGUAUUACAAUUGAGUUAUAACCAUUUGCCGGUACAUCUAAAGCCAUGUUUUCUUUAUAUGGGAGUAUUUCCUGAGGACAAAAAGAUCCGUGUCUCGUGGCUCGUAAAACUAUGGGUUUCUGAAGGAUUUGUGAAACCAAUUAACGGCAAAAGUUUGGACGUGGUUUCGAGAGAGUACUUGCAGGAGCUUUGUGAUAGAAACAUGAUUUUAGUUCAUGAAAGGGGGUCUUAUGGAAAUAUCAAGUUUUGCAAAAUCCAUGAUCUCUUGAGGGAACUAUGCUUACGAGAAGCUGAGAGAGAGGAGUUCCUUUAUGUCAAAAGACCGCAUGAACUUACCAUUCCACAGGGCAUAAAUACCCAACGCCGCAUUGGUAUUCAUCAACGCAUGUCGGAGAAGGAUUAUCACCCUUAUCCAGUCCUUCGUACGUUGCAAGAUGUGCCUCUUGUUCGUUCUUUGAUUUGCAAUUUUGAAGAACGUUUACCAUUACUUGAUUUUAGAUUGUUGAGGGUGCUGAAAGUCGAUGAUAAUUUACUUAUCGAUAACAUCAUACAAUAUGAAUAUUUCGUGGAAGUUGUCUUUCGGCUAGUUAACCUGAGGUUCAUUGCUAUCCGAUCUGAUGUGCCUAUAAGUUCCGUAUUUCCUUCAUUCAAUCUCCUUUGGAAUCUACAGACUCUAGUUGUAAAUGGUGGCUGGGACGUUGUUGCACCAUGUGAAAUUUGGAACAUGACUCAACUUAAGCAUGUUCAUUUCGAUGUACUUGAGCUGCCUGAUCCUCCUAUUGGUGGGAAAGAUGACGAGUUUAUUUUGGGGAACCUACAGACGCUCACUGAUAUAAGAAAUUUCAAAUGUGAAGAAGAGGUGGUCAAGAGAAUCCCCAAUAUCAAUAAAUUACAAAUAAGUUACUUUGUGGAACCUCAGGGAUUUUUGAGUUACCGUGUCGACAAUCUUGGCCAUCUACAUAAACUCGAGUCCUUGCGUUUCUACAUUUAUUCCCUAAAAAUGCGAUCCGUGAAUGAUAUGGUGCAGAAUUUCAUCCUCCCUAAUUCCCUCAAGAAGUUGACUUUGAUGGGGACCUGUCUCAAAUGGGAAGACAUGAAGUUAAAGAUAGGUUUGUUACCCAAUCUUCAAGUCCUCAAACUGGAGAAAGAAUCAUUUGUUGGACACAAGUGGGAAACAAUUGAAGGGCAAUUCUGUAACCUUAAAGUCUUGCUAAUCAGCUUGUGCCGUGACCUGCAGUGGUGGACAACAGACAACAACCACUUUCCACGCCUUGAGCAUCUUCAUCUUCAGGGCUUGCAUAAGUUGAAGGAGAUCCCUUCAUGUAUUGGAGAAAUAUCAACGCUUCAAUCGAUUCAGUUGCUUCGUUGUAGCGACGAAGCUGUCAUUUCUGCUAAACAAAUAUUGAAGGAACAAGAGGAUUUCGGCAAUGUAGACCUUCGACUCGUACAUCAAUGAUAGUCCCAACUUUCAAGUUGAAUCUUGCCAUAUACAAUGAACCUACAUGAAGCAUAAAUUGAAGUAUGGAGGCCUGUGAGCGGAUCGCUUGUCGCGUUAUUGAACUUAGAUUAUCAAUUUGGUAUGUUGGAAUUUACAAUUCAUUGUUUUAAUGUUGAAGAUACCUUCUUCUUGUCAUUCGAUUUGGCGUGAAAUUUAGCCUCCGGUUAAUUUAUUGGAAGCAUUUGUAUGAGCUUGUACACAAUUUCUACCUUGGUUUCUUUUAUAUGUUUUGAGGCUUUGUGUAAUAGUUGUUUUUUCAACAUUUGAACUGGAUUUUAUUCUUCAUUAUAGGGGUACUCUUUUCCUUGUGUUAGGCCCAUAAGGUUUUUA